UCCCUCUGUGCCCCUAAAACGGCAGGGGAUUUUCUCGCGGGACAGUGUUGCUGAGGGCCUGUUUAGACUUCUCCAUUUCACAGAAGGCUUCUGGCUUAGCGCUGCCCCAGGGGGGGUUAGAAGCUGGAAGCAAAGAGCCUGCGGAGCUGCUGGAGGGGAUCCCCUCCCAUCUCAUGCACCUGGGGGCCUUCCCUGACUUGCUAUGCCCUCCAGGUGCCCCCCAUGCCUGUGCUCUGGGCGCUCCUGCUGGCGCUGCAGGGGGCAGCGUGGGGCCGCACCGGGCCCCGGGUCUGCAGCGUGGCGGAGGUGCUGCGCCACUACCGUGCCGUCAUCUUCGAGGAUCUGCAGGCCGCUGUGCAGCGGGGCAGGCUGGGGGCGGAAGGGACCGGGACGAGCUCCAGACACUUCCACCUCAUUGAGACAAACCUGACCAGAGCCGGGGCUCCGCCACGGCGGGCAUGGGCGGGGGCCUCCUGUGGCUCCCAGAAGGAGCACAGUAUCCUACUGUCCAUCGCGUCCCUGGGGCGCACCCUGCGCGGGGCGGUAUCUGAGGGCCGCCGCGGGGAACUGGAGAAGGCGGCGUGGACCGUGGCGGUGCGCACGGAGGCCGUGAUGCGGCGCCACUGCAGGACGCGGCGCCAGCGGAGCCCGCAGCGUCCGGAGUCGCGCCCUGCCCGGCGCCGAGGCGGCCGGAGGCGGCUCCUGCUGCGCGCCCUGGACGCUGUCGCCACCUGCUGGGAGAAGCUCUUCUCGCUGCGCGCCGCCGCCGCGGGGGCUUCCUAGAGCGCCCGCCCGGGUCCCUGGCCCAGGCCUGCCCCGGCGUCCUGCGUGGGCCUGCGGGAGGCGAGAAGGGCGAGUGGGGCCACGAAUGAGCUUCGUCUGGUGACAGCAGUGCUCCCUGCCUUGCUGGCGACCUCGAACCUGCCCCGUGGCGGGCCCAGGACACCCCAUGACACCCCAGGAGGGUGCGCGCUCCACCCUUCCGCCCUCGA